AUGGCCGACGAUACGACCUCCGACUUCGGGUCCUCUCCGCCUCAGCCCUCGGCCAGCCACAGCUCCCUCCGCAUCGUCACCAUCGCGACUUUCCUCCCGGCGGUCCCCCUGUGCAUCGCGCACGGCGUCCUCUCCAACCACCCGGUCCCCGCCGUCGGCCUCGUGCCCCUCGCCUUCUCCGCGUCCGGUGCCGUCUUCCUGCUCCGCCGUGGCGCCACUGCCCAUGAUGACGACGAUAAGAGCCUUGCGGCCAAGCUGUCGCAUCCUGUUCUCGUCUUUGCUUGCGAUGUGAUCCUCGCUGCGGCGCUGAUGGUCGUGUUGGUUUUUACCUGGAUCGCCCCGGGAGGUUCUGCGUCUCUGAGCAUGCUGGCCGCUUAUGCGACGAUCCCACUGCUCGUCAACUUCUGCGUCCAUCUGCUCCUCGCCCUGCAAUCUUUCUACACCGGCCUCGCUAUCCACAGCCUCGUUCAGUGGCUCGCCUGGCGCACUCUCCCUCCGGACUGCCCCAACUGCAACCACCGCCUCCGCCCGCCUUUCCCCGAGCUGCCCUGGGUGGAGCGCGUCCGGCGACGACGCGACGAUUAUGCGGCUUUGUUCGUGGACGAGGAGCAUCGCUACCGCGACGAGGAAGAGGGCGAAGAGCCUGUCCACGAUGCAGAGCAGGGCGAGACGUCGCAUGGCACCGUGCAGCCCGAGGCAGUCGAGGUGAAGAAGAAGAAAGAGCGCAAAGGCAAGACGACUCCGCCGUCUACCGAAGAUCCUGCCUCUCCUUGGGGCCCGUAA